AUGAGUCCACCGAGCUGUAACAAACACAUUCAGGUCAAAGAUACAGGGUCUGUACAUUCGUCUCACUCAGUGCGGUUAUGCGCAGUUGUGGUCCUCUUUGGCUUGGCGGUCUACGGUGACACAGCCCCCACUUCGGUCGAAGAUCAGUCUGUGAAAGACCUGUAUGUAGCAGUGGGCUCUGCCGUGAAUGUGCCCUGUAAGGGUAAAGAGGGUGAGGAGGUGCACUGGAGGCUGAACGGGGUGGUGCUGGACUCAGGCUCCGUCCUCUCUAUCUCUAACAUCAGCCUGGAGGACAGAGGGAACUACAGCUGCCAUGGCAUCAGCAGAGGCCUUCUGCAGAUGCUGUCACUGCAGCCAGGCUUCCCUCCAUCUCCACCAGAAGUGACAUGCUGGUCACCCAGUUAUCCCUUAAGGACCAUUUGCUCCUGGAGUCAAGAACCAGAGCCUCUGCUACCAACACGCUACACCGCCACCUACAUGUCAGGCAGGUGCCACAGAGCAGGAGAGUGUGGAGAACACAUUCUGAAGGGGCCCACGGAUGGACAGCCAUGUCACCCUGUCCCCGAACUGAGCCGACACUGUGUAAUGGAGGGUCUGCAGCUCUUCCGCCUGGAGCCCUACAUCCUGAACGUCACCGCCAUAAACCCCCUGGGCUCAGCUUCACGCCUUUUCAUCUUCAUCCUGGAGGAUAUUGUAAAGCCAGACCCUCCAGUAAAUGUGACAGUUAUACCUAGGCCAGGGAGACAGCUGUAUGUUGUAUGGGCUCCGCCCCCUACCUGGCCUGAUCUCAUCAACUUCCCGCUCAAAUACAAAGUGCAGUAUUACCGCGGCAACAAUGAAUCUCCACGCACUGUGGGCCUGUACAUGUCGGAGAGCACAGUAAUGAAAGGACUGAGGCCUGGGAGCACAUACCACAUUCAGAUCUCUGCCCAAGACCAGCUGACGGGACAACGCAGUGAUUGGAGCCAGCCUGUCCGUGCCACUGUGCCUGCACACUGACACACAGACCAACAUACUGCACAGAAACACACAGUUCCACCCACUGAAAACUGGCUUGGACAUGUCAUACCCUUUAGUGCAUUGAAAUACAUUGAUUACAGAAGACCCUGAUCCAUACAAUGCACAUAUCAGGACCUUAUAUCCAGUCCCACAUAUACAUACAGUAUACAUUUUUUAUUCUGUGGUCAUAAAUACAGAAUUACAUGUGUAUGACUAUUACAGUGUAUUAAUGAAACCACACUACAUCAUUACUACCUAUUUUAAAACUGCUAUGAUGAGAGUGAGUCAUUUACCUACCCACAAUUAGCUGAAUAAACAAACAAAAGUAGAUGCUGGAGGCUCAGUCUUUACCUAAUAUUCAAUAAUGUGCGAACAAGUACUUUUAUGAAUCACAAAUGGAUUUAACUAUUAUGCAUUUCACUGAUUUUAAUCAGUCAUAAGAUAUUGGUAUAGAAAGCAGGGUGAUUUGGUUGGGUCAUAUUAGUCAGGUAUUGUUAGCUCCAUCCAUAAUGGGCCUCAAAAACUUUAUAGUCCCACCUCUAUUAAUAAUGUCACAAACUACUAACUCAAAAGCAGUCUUCAUUGUUGGUACACUCUCUGCAGAGCAUGUGUUUCUAUAAGAGAUUGCUUGAAGCUCAUAUUUCUAAUGAGUCCACACACACAGGAUGCAGGACAGACUAACCAAAUACAAUACUACUUGCAAUUGUUUGUCACAAAGAGAUACAUACGUAACCAGGAGAGAAGAAGGAACAACCCUACCACACAUCAGCUGUCACUGGUAUGACUCAAGGUCCCACAACAACGACUGAAAUCCACCCCGUCUGAAAUAGUAGUUCUGCUCCUUUGGUAUGUGCAGUGCCCUCCAAAUAUAUUCAUGUCCCUGAUAAAACAGGAGACAAACAACAUGUUGCAAAAGAAAAAAAAGUAAAUACUGUAUCAUUUUUUCUUCUUAAAAUAUUAAAAUGUUACACUUUAAUCUUAAUACUAUUGUACAGAGCAGUUUCAGAUUGGUUACACAUACAUUUUAUGCCAGAAAACAUGAUGGUCACAUUUAUUCAUAUUACAGUAGGAAACCUACACAGAACAAGCUAAUUAACUAUAAAGUUCUGGGAGAUGUUUUUGAGAGGCCACUGUCAUAUUGCUGCUGUGAAUACAUCACAUCCAGCUGUCUCUGGUGUAGAGAUUGCCUUGUGCUGUAAGUGUUCCUGAAGGAAUCAACAGAGGCACACCAACAUGUGUUAGCGAACCAGCACUGAAACUUGGUAUGAAAAUUGCAUUUAUCUCCCUGUGGAAGCCCAGCCACUCACAAUGAUCAGUCAAGCUACCAUGUUUGAAAGUGUAAGUUACAAACAGCAAUGGCCCCAGCACCAUGAAUAAAUUAUGAGCAUGCUUCCGACAAGGAGCCAACCUGCAACCAGAGAAAGCUCCAGGGGUUCAUGGGUGCAUAUCUGUUUGGUUUCUGUUAUUACUUUUUGCAUUUUUACCCCUUUAGAUAUGAGAAAAAGUGUAGUUGUGUCAUUGUGUGUAUGUGUGUCUAUGUACUUGUCAUUGCUGUCUCAAGAGGAAAUGCAAGUGCAUUGAUAAAUAUUUUACCACAGAUCAGGGCUAUUACACUAGCAACCUGGGCUCCUGUUGCCCUUUUGACUAUUGAGAAAACACUGCAACUAAGAAGAACUCU